GCCCGGUUACGCCCGGUUGCACCGCCCAUGUGAACUUCCUCAGCUGCUGUCAUCAGCUGCAGGCGCGUUAGCGGAGACAGGGCCGCGCACGUAUUCAUGCUCAUUCAUUGUACCUGGAUGCGGGGUCCGUGUGUGUUUGUAAGGUGACGAAGUAUGGCGUCUAAGGCUGUUUAUUCGCAUAGAGACCCUUUGCUGAAGAAGCGGGAUGACUUUGAGGACAUUUUGGAGGAGAGGAGGAAUUCCAGUGACCUCCGGUACGCGCUCAGAUGUUACACACCUGUUCUGUACAGAGGAGCGACUCCCUGCAAAUCCAGCGCUUUGAAGAGCAUGGCGCUUCAGGCUGAUCAGAUACACUAUGUCAUCAAGCAGGUGUCCAAAGAAACCGGCAGGACGACUGAGGAGGUUGAAGAGGAGGCAUCGGCCAUCUUGGAGGAGAUGGCUCACCAUCUGCAGCUCAGCACCGUUCGCUUCUUUGCCUUCGCACUCAGCAAAAUCUUCAAAACCUUGUUCAAGAGCAUCUGUGUCAAUGAGGAGGGCAUCCAGAGACUGCAACAGGCCAUUCAGGAGCAUCCUGUAGUUUUACUGCCCAGCCACCGCAGCUACAUGGACUUUUUGUUGAUGUCCUACAUCCUGUACACCUACGACCUGGCUCUGCCUGUCAUAGCUGCCGGCAUGGACUUCAUGGGGAUGAAGUUUGUGGGUGAGAUGCUGCGGAUGUCCGGCGCUUUCUUCCUUCGUCGGUCGUUCGGUGGAGACAGGCUCUACUGGGCUGUUUUCUCCGAGUACGUCAAGACUAUUAUCAGGAAUGGAUUUGCACCAGUUGAAUUUUUCCUAGAAGGAACCAGAAGUCGAACAAGCAAGAGUUUGACUCCCAAAUUAGGGCUGCUGAACAUAGUGAUGGAUCCGUUCCUCAAAGGGGAGGUGUUUGACAUCACUGUGGUUCCUGUCAGUAUCAGCUAUGAGAGGAUCUUGGAGGAGACGCUGUAUGCCAGAGAACUGCUGGGCGUACCCAAGCCCAAGGAGUCCACUUCAGCUCUGUUCAAAGCCAGGAAGGUCCUCAGUGAAGAUUAUGGCAGCAUCCACGUGUACUUUGGUCAGCCUGUGUCUGUCAGAAGCAUAGCUGAGGGCCGAGUUGACCGCUGCCAGUUCAGCCUGGUGCCAAGGCACAUCCCCAAGAGGCCCAACGAGGACGUCCAGAGCUUUGUGAACGACGCCGCCUACAGGCUUGUUCGGGCUCAGGAGGAGAACAUGGUUCUAAAGCCGUGGGUUCUCUUGGCCUCUGUUCUUCUCCAGAACCAGGCAGCGGUGCAGGAACCCGGCAUAGCCCUGGACGAGCUAACCGAAAAGGUUCUGUGGCUCCGGCAUCUUUCCCAGCAGUACGGAGCCUUCCUCCACUGGCCUGACCACACGCCCCCGUCAGAAGUAGUCUCCUCCAGCCUGUCUUUGCACCGAGGGCUGGUGAGGAUCUCAGAGGGAAGAGUCCAGCUGGCAUUGGCACAAGGAACACAAGCAGGUCCAGUGGAGCAGCCGAGCUCCUUCACCCCAGAGGAGGAGCUCCUGAAUCAGGCUGUGGUCGUUCUGUCCUGUGCCUCCUACAGGAACCAGGCGCUGCACGUGUUUGUCCGCCCGGCGCUGGUGGCGACAGCCAUGCACACGUCCUCCUCCAACAACAAACAGGAAAUCUUCAACACUUUCAACUUUCUGAGAAACAUCUUCUCCAAUGAGUUUAUUCUCUGUCCUGGAGCAACAGUGCAGGACUUUGAGGAGGCCUGUUACCUGCUGGUGAAGACUGGUGCUGUGCAGGUCACUCAGCAGGAGGUUGUGGUCACAGAGAGAGGACAGAGAACCGUGGCCUUCCUCACCGCGAUGCUAGAGCCCUUUUUACAAGGUUAUCAGGUGGUUUGCAGGUUCCUGUGUCAGGAGGCUGCUGAGACUCUGACAGAAAAACACUUCAUUCCCUUAGUUCGGAAGUUCAUCCUCAAACAGAUUCUAGCAGGGAGACUCAGACACGUUGAGGCGUUGUCGUCUGACCUUCAGAAGAACGCCCUGGCAGCUUUGCUAAGACUUGGAGCUGUACGGAAAAUGAAUGGAGAGGAGCAGGGGACUUUAAAGGUCAGCAAGGUGAUGGUGAACUCGUUGGAAGACACACUAGGAGGGAAGCUUCCGUCUCUCAAGGCCAUCGUCGCUCGCCUCUGAUCCACUGACCACAUCAGCUGACGGGAGCUGAGGGGUCAAACCUUUACACCUGCGUCGUCGUACGACGGUUCCAGCGCUGCUUUGCAUGGUGCGGUACCAGGCAGCCCAGCCCAACUGCUUUCUAUGAGAGAUGGAACAGAAGCCAUCUGGAGACAGCGAAAGCCCCUCAAACGCUUUUGGUUUGAUUCCUCUAUCUUCACCUCUGCUUUCUAAAUGCCUUUUUUCUACGACUCUUUUCUAUGCCUACAUAAACCAGACGACGAGUGAGCUCUUUGAAGGAGCAUCGCUAGGCUCAUCGGGGCCAUCUGUAAUAACCGACCUUCGGCUGUUAUGAGCAACCUCCUGAAAGCUUCUGAAUGUGCCAAGUAGGCUCAGGAUAGUGGCCGCUCUCCAUUAAUGCAUUUUAUGUGUCCUCUAACCGUCAAUGUGGCUUUUUUGUCUUCUCUGCUUUUACAUCUCAGCUUCUGUCUGCGUCUGGUUUUCUCUUUGUCUGCUUUCGAGCACUUUAAUGAGUUGAACGCUGAGUGCUGUGGACCUAUACUUUAAUACUUUUAAAGUGUGUGUGGAAAGAAACGUUUACUGUAGGUGGUUACAUACAUGAACAUAUAGACUAAAACUGGUUUUGUUUUGAAGUCUUUUAUAGUGAAAAGCUUAUUUAUUUCACUUCUAUUUCCCACGGGGACCUCUGUACAAUACAACAAUAGUAUCACCAAUCCAGGUUGAAGUUUACCACCCAGCGUCAGGCCUUUGACUACCCUCAAGGAAAGCAGUGCACUGACACAGGAGACAUAGUACUGUCUACCGCUGUGCUGCACAGUUGCCAAACUCCAGAUACAAAUACUGAAACACUGACGCAUUACCAGCUGCACCAAAGAGAUUAUUUACAGAAAAUAUGCUUUUUCUAUCAAAGUUGUCAUUGUUUAUAUUUAGUUAGAACCUGUAUUAUUUUGUUACAAGGUUAGGACAGUAAUAAAAAAGAGCAGCAACUAGAAUGAAGGCUCAGAGGUACAGUGAGUAGCAACAGGUCAGCGGGUCAUUUAUACUGUAUAUUUAUUUAUUUCUAAACUCAGGAAGUUACCAACAAGUCUGUCAUUCACAUGAAAAUCCAAAUUAUAACUGGAUCUUGUAUUGAAACUAUUUAUUUGGCGAUGGAGGAGCAGUGUGGUUCUGUUACCACUUCCCCAGUGUUGGUAAAAGUUUAGAGUUUAACAGAUUUAAAUAAAGCAAGACCUUGUGUUGUUUGUUAAACUUAAUAGUAAAACCAGACUGUAUUUUUUUUAAAGGUUGUAUUCCUGUUUACACCUGUCACGUCAGCUAACUGUAUAGAAACAUUAUGUGCCUCUAAAGCGUUCCUGAUUCAAUCAGUCCUUGUUUGAAAACCUGCAGCUAUAAUCUAAGUGGACUCUGUCAACCUGGCCAAAACUUACAGCAGAUAAAAUAUGUUUGUACAAGUUCAAAGCUGCCAAAUAUUUUUGGCUGAGGCAAUUUUGAAACUGCCACAGUUGGAGGCCAAAUUAAUUUUUAGUGAGUUUAUUGUCAGAUGAACAUUAAACUCCAUGUCCUGCACAGAAUGAAUCUGUGGCUGCUUUUAAAUGUAAAAAAAGUCUGUUACAUGUUGGUUUUAACUUUGUUGUGUUCUCCUUUGGAAAUUUCCCACCAGGUAUUUUGAUGUGGUGCUUUAAUCACACAAGCCUGUGGGUGCAUGGUUGCACUGCUGAGAUCACAAGUUUACAAAGACGCGUAACGCACGGCCACUCCCAGAGGUGAACUCAACCAGUAACAAAGCAGCUGCGCAAAUAAAUGUUGGUAGAACAUAAAUCUGCAUUGAUCCAGGUCUUCCCUGUCAGUAUUGGGUUUUUUUUAAAGCACGAUUAACAGUGUGUAUGAUACAUAAUGUCCAAAUAUUUGACUCCUACUGUCUCUUUGUGUGUUUUCAUGCUUAUACUUUGAGGUUGGAAAGUGUUGGGUGAGUUAUUUUAGUACUAAAUAUAAUGGCUAACGCUAAAAAGGCAUAUUAAUAAAGGCUUUUGAAAUUAAGUGUU